UUCUCCCGCUCUCUCUCUCUCUCUCGGACCUUUUAAUUCAUUCCUUCAUCAUUUAAUGAUUCAUGAUACUGACCUACCAAGCAAAGUAAUCCAACCCAAAAAAAAAAAAAAAAAACGCUUCAUUGCAAUUGGGGCUGCCAUGAAUACCGUAUUGCUUGCUUGCAUGCCACACCUCUGAAUCUCCCUCCUCUCUUCCCAAGCUUCCAUCUUUCUUCCUUCUCUGACCACCGUCAACGGUCAUAGCCAUAUCCAUAUUCUUCACUUCUCAAUCUUCUUCUUCACCCAAAUGUCUAAAACCUCCUUCUUCCAUGACAUUGAAGCCAUGCCAGUGUUCGAAGCUUUCAGGAGGAUCAAACGUCAGAGGCUGUUCGAGCCGUCUCUGCGUGUUUUGGGUUUCUCCGCCGUCGCUGCUUUUGUUCUUCUUUCAUUCUUCUGUUUGGAUUACAGAGAUUUCGCUGGCAGCUUCGGGAUUUCGGGUCGGACCCAGCGGAGACUUCCUUGGGUGCAGAUGAAUGGGCCAGAACAACACCACCAGAGAGUUGAAUUUCUUGGAGAACAUGGUAGUGAUUGUGAUUUGUUUACUGGAAGUUGGGUCUGGGACGAGAACUAUCCAUUGUAUCAGUCCAAUCAUUGUAGCUUCCUCGAUCAAGGAUUUCGCUGUUCUGAAAAUGGACGACCCGAUUUGUUUUACACCAAAUGGAGAUGGCAACCCAGAGACUGUAACUUACCCAGAUUUAAUGCAACACUGAUGUUGGAAGGACUGAGAAACAAACGGCUAGUGUUUGCUGGGGACUCAAUUGGGAGAAACCAAUGGGAGUCACUAUUAUGCAUGCUGUCUUCUGGAGUUGCUAACAAGAAAUCAAUCUAUGAAGUGAAUGGCAAUCCAAUCACAAAGCACAAGGGGUUCUUGGUGUUUAGAUUCAGGGACUACAACUGCACUGUGGAAUACUACAGAGCUCCAUUUCUUGUCCUGCAGAGUCGCCCUCCUGCUGCGGCUCCUGAAAAGAUAAGGACAACACUGAAAUUAGAUCAGAUGGAUUGGAACUCUUUGAAAUGGAGAGAUGCAGAUGUUUUGGUUCUUAACACAGGGCACUGGUGGAAUUAUGAUAAGACCAUCAGAGGGGGUUGUUAUUUCCAAGAAGGUCUGGAAAUUAACUUGGAUGUGAGAAUAGAAGAUGCGUUUAAGAGGUCCAUCAAGACGGUGCUGAAUUGGGUACAAGAAGCUGUAAAUCCUAACAAGACCCAGGUCUUUUUCCGCAGCUAUGCCCCUGUGCAUUUCAGGGGAGGGGAGUGGAAGAAAGGAGGAAAGUGUCAUGUGGAAACACUUCCAGAGCUAGGCUCCCCCUCAUUGGUGCCUAAUGAUAACUGGUCUCAAUUCAGAGUAGCCAAUGCUUUGUUAUCAUCAUCAUCUGGAAAUGGAAUCAUGAAGCUGAAGGUUUUGAAUGUAACCCACAUGACAGCUCAGAGGAAAGAUGGGCAUCCAUCUCUCUAUUAUCUCGACCAUGAUGUGGGGCCUGCCCCUCGUCAUCGUCAAGAUUGCAGCCAUUGGUGCCUCCCUGGUGUUCCUGAUGCAUGGAAUGAGCUGCUUUAUGCACUCUUCCUGAAACAUGAAGCUUCUUCUUAACAGUCCCAAGUAUACUAUGAUUCACAGAGAAAGCCUUCAAAUUGCUAACAUUGAUUUAAAAGAGAGACAGAGGUCUCAGUUCUUAUUUAUAGACAUCAAUUUUGGGAUAGAAUUUGUAGGAAGUGGGAAAACAGAGAUGGGCUAAUUAUCAAUUCUUUUUGUACAUUGUGUAUUUAGACACAGUUUUGAUGAAAGAUUGAUAAAAGGAAAAUAUUUCUGGCAUCAGAAUGUUUUUGCUAGUACAUUGUAAUUACAGAUUGUUAUUCAUUAUCAUUAAUCAUCAAAGAUUAUUCUAAUUCAACA